UGAUUAACAUUUUUUUUUAUUAUAUGCUCAAACCUUCCAUUUGAACUCUCCUCUCCUUCUCCUCCAUUGAGCUUCUAAGAUGGAACCCAAUUGUGUCCAAUUUCUUCAUAACAAGACGAUUCUCGUCACGGGCGCUUCUGGUUUCCUCGCAAAGGUUUUCGUGGAGAAAAUUCUGAGGGUACAACCAAAUGUGAAGAAGCUUUACCUUCUCGUUCGAGCACCCGACAAGGAAGCAGCCAUGCAACGUUUACGUAGCGAGGUCAUUGAAAAAGAUCUUUUCAAGGUGUUGAGAAACGAUCUUGGUGUCGAGAAUCUGAACAAACUGGUGUCGGAAAAAGUAGUGCCGGUUCCCGGCGACAUUUCGGUGGACGAUUUAGGGGUGGGCGACUCCGAUCUCAAACAACGUAUGCGGAAAGAUAUAGAUGUCGUUGUGAAUGUUGCCGCCACCACGAAUUUCGAUGAAAGGUAUGAUGUUGGUCUUGGGAUCAAUACAUUCGGUGCACUCAAUGUCCUCAACUUCGCCAAAAGUUGUGUCAACCCACAAUUGCUUCUCCAUGUCUCAACCGCUUAUGUCUGUGGAGAAAAGUCGGGGCUUUUAAUGGAGAAACCAUUCGCAAUGGGAGAGACUCUGAACGGAAACGACAAAUUGGAUAUAAGCACGGAAAUGGAAGUGAUGAGACAAAAGCUGAAAGAACUUCGGAACCAAGAGUGUUCGGAAGAAGAAAUUACAAAUUCGCUGAAAGAUCUCGGAAUGAAAAGGGCAAAGCUUCAUGGAUGGCCAAACACGUAUGUGUUCACCAAAGCAAUGGGAGAGAUGCUGUUGGGGAGUCACAGAGAGAGUAUGCCUCUCGUUAUUAUACGUCCCACGAUGAUAACAAGCACCCUCUCUGAACCAUUUCCUGGUUGGAUUGAAGGUUUGAGAACCAUCGACAGCGUGAUUGUUGCGUACGGGAAAGGAAGGCUCAAAUGCUUUCUCGCCGAUCCAAACUCGGUCUUCGAUCUCAUACCGGUGGAUAUGGUGGCGAACGCAAUGAUCGUGGCCGCAGCUGCGAACGCGAGCGAUUCAGAAGCUCAAAAGGUGUACCAUGUCGGCUCUUCUUGCAAAAACCCCGUCACGUUCGGACAGCUUCACGAUUUCUCCGCUCGAUACUUCACUAAAACCCCUUUGGUCGGUCGUAACGGUUCGCCCAUCGUCGUCUCCAAUGGCACGAUCAUACCCUCCAUGCUUUGGUUCAGCCUCUACAUCACCCUCCGUUACAAGCUUCCAUUGCAGUUGUUAUGGUUGAUUAAUAUAAUUUAUCCAUGGCGAUACGGAGAUAAAUACAAAGAAUCCGACCGCAAAAUCAAACUGGUGAUGCGAUUGGUGGAGCUUUACAAGCCCUAUGUACUCUUCAAGGGCAUAUUUGACGACAUAAACAGCGAACGAUUACGGGUCGAGAGAGGCGAGGGAUUGUUCAACUUCGAUCCCAGAUGCAUUAAUUGGGAAGACUAUAUGAUAAACACGCAUAUUCAUGGUCUCGUCACUCACGUGCUUAGAAAAUAGAAUAUAUAUAUAUAUAUAUACACACAAAAUCAAUGUAUUGGGAUUGUUGUACUACUUCCGACGUGUCACCGAAAUUAUUCCACGUGUUGUCUUAAAAGACUUAUGUGUUGGUUAUUUUAAUGAUGAUAUCAUUAUAUAAUUUAUUUUAA